AGCCCAGCGCCCAGCGCCGGCGAGCUUCUCCGAUCCCUGAGAGUCCUACAACCGCAACAGCACCGUCCGGCGGCGUGCGAGCCAACCCCUGCAUCUCCAUCCCCAUGGCCAGCCUCAACAACGCCUCGUGGACCACCGGCCUCUGCGGCUGCUGCGACGACGCCGGCAGCUGCUGCUUGACCUUCUUCUGCCCGUGCGUCGCCUUCGGGAGGAUCGCCGAGAUCGUCGACCAGGGAGCCACAUCAUGCUGCGUGAGCGGGACGCUGUAUAUGGCGCUGGCCUCGGUGACCGGGAUGGGCUGCCUCUACUCCUGCUGCUACCGCUCCAGGCUCCGCGGCCAGUACGCGCUCAAGGAGAAGCCCUGCGCCGACUGCUGCGUGCACUGGUUCUGCGAGCCAUGCGCGCUCUGCCAGGAAUACCGCGAGCUCAAGAACCGCGGCUACGACAUGUCCAUCGGGUGGCAGGCCAACAUGGAGAAGAUGGGGAAGACCGCUGCGACCGUCGCGCCUCAGAUGAACCCAGGGAUGACUCGCUAGAAUACGCAUCGAUCGAAUACCCAAUCAGUCACCGUCGAUCCAUCUAUCCAUGAUCAGCUUCCAGCUCAAGAACAAUAAUGCCAGGCGACCAGCUUCUACUUCGGUCUUGUCACCAGUUUGUCUUUGUGCUCAGUUUUGUGUAUGUGUGCGCGCGCGCCUUUUUGUUGUAAGUCGUUUUCGAUUAAUUCGUGCGUACCCAACCGCUUCUGAUGUACUACAUCUGUAGACAUCUGAAUCUGAAUAAAAUCUACCCGCUCUAUGGGUAGACAAGGAGUCCACCAUUUAAUUUCUCCUCCCAUUCUUUACCCGAAUGAGCCAAAGUUCUGUACUAAUCACCCAUUUCCUCUUGUUAAUU